AUGUCUUCAUCAGCCACCCCAGUACUUCCAUUCGCGCAAACUCUCGAAACCAUCUCGCGUUUGGUUACCGAUCCUCGCUUGUUGAAGCCACGCAUCGGAAUCGUGUGUGGAUCUGGUCUCAGCACCCUUGUCUCGAGCUUGAAGGAUGUGGUACAACUUCCGUACUCACAACUCCAGGGUUUCGGAGAGAGCACAGUUGUUGGCCAAAAAAGUAUGCUCGCAUUCGGACUGAUGGGCAAGGAUAAUGUACCUGUUGUCGCCAUGCUCGGGCGAUUUCAUCCGUAUGAGGGCCACAAGCCAAUAGUCGUGACAUAUGGUAUCAGAAUCAUGAAGAGAUUAGGCGUCAAAGAUGUCAUCAUAACAAACGCUGCUGGGUCAUUGACACCAGAGAUACCCGUUGGAACAAUCGUCGUGAUCCGUGAUCACUUCGCCCUCCCAAACCUAACUGGGAUGAACCCCUCGUUCGGACCCCUCAUAUCCCCGGAAUAUGCCCGUUUUAUUCCUCUGGGUGACGCAUACUCCCCUCGUCUACGACGCCUUGCCUUCCUUGCCUCCCACUAUCUUAAUUUUGACUCCUCUGCAUUAGCUGAAGGGACGUAUGCCUGGGUGGCAGGUCCCGCAUAUGAAACCCCCGCUGAGGGCCGUUUCUUGCGCAAUGCAGGUGCGCACGUAGUUGGUAUGAGCACCAUACCCGAAGUAGUGGCUGCGCGAGAAGAGAAGCUCGAGGUCAUGGUGCUGAGCCUCGCUACUAACAUGGUGGUCAUACCUGAUACCUACAGGAGUAUCAAGGCAGAGGUUGAAGCUGAGCUUUCUGGUCAGCGCAUCGAGCUUCCUCCUGUGGGGAUUGCAUCGCACGAAGAAGUCCUGGAGAUCGGGAGACAAAAGGCAGAGGUGAUGAGGAGUCUCGUCGAGCGCAUUGUGGAGCUUAUCCCGGAAAACUCGUGA